ACGGAUUAGAUACAAACAAGAAAUAAAAAUCUAAGCUUGGAAUUAUAUUCGCAGAUAUAUGUUUCUUUCGUUAGAUCUCUGCUUUCAAGUCUAAAACUUGAAACUCUCUGUAUCUAAUUUACUCCAAAUUUCCAAUCAUAUGGCGUCGACUUCAACAUCAUCUUUUAUGGCUUCAAAAGCUGUAAUCUCCGAAACAGCUCUGUUUCUAUGCUCACCAGGAAUAAUCAAACGGAGUUUCUUAACAUUCACACCAGCUUCUCCUUCGAUUAAACCUCUCAGGAUUAGAUCUUCAAAUGCCACUAAGUUCGAUGAAGUAACCAACAGUAUCGACGAGGACAUGGACCAGAUUCGACGGUUACAAAACGGUUCUGACGUGAGAGGAGUCGCAUUGGAAGGAGAGAAAGGCCGUACGGUUGAUUUAACGCCUGCGGCUGUUGAAGCAAUCGCAGAGAGCUUCGGAGAAUGGGUUGCAUCAACGGAGAGUAACGGUAACGGCGUAACUAGGGUUUCUCUAGGACGUGACCCUCGUGUUUCAGGUGGGAAGCUGAGCACGGCCGUGUUUGCCGGUUUAGCUCGUGCUGGUUGUUUAGGUUUUGACAUGGGUUUAGCUACUACUCCUGCUUGCUUCAUGAGCACGUUACUCUCUCCAUUCGAAUACGACGCUUCAAUUAUGAUGACGGCGUCUCAUUUACCGUAUACAAGAAACGGUCUCAAGUUCUUUACCAAGAGAGGAGGAUUAACGUCUCCUGAAGUGGAGAAGAUAUGCGACUUAGCUGCGAGGAAGUACGCAAAUAGACAGACUAAAGUCUCUACAUUGAUCAGAACUCGACCAGAGCAAGUGGAUUUCAUGAGCGCUUACUCUAAGCACCUUAGAGAAAUCAUUAAAGAGAGAAUCAAUCACCCUGAACACUAUGACACUCCUCUCAAAGGAUUUCAGAUAGUAGUGAAUGCUGGUAAUGGGUCAGGAGGGUUCUUUACAUGGGACGUUCUUGACAAGUUAGGAGCCGAUACAUUCGGUUCUCUAUACCUUAAUCCAGAUGGGAUGUUUCCAAAUCACAUUCCUAAUCCGGAAGACAAAACCGCAAUGUCACGCACCCGAGCCGCGGUUCUUGAGAACUCAGCGGAUCUCGGGGUUGUGUUUGACACGGAUGUUGACCGGAGCGGAGUGGUGGAUAACAGAGGAAAUCCUAUAAACGGAGAUAAGCUCAUUGCGCUCAUGUCAGCGAUUGUGCUCAAAGAACAUCCAGGAAGUACAAUAGUGACGGACGCAAGAACGAGUAUGGGGCUAACUAGGUUUAUAACGGAGAGAGGAGGGAGACAUUGUUUGUACAGAGUAGGGUAUAGAAACGUGAUCGACAAGGGAGUAGAGCUGAACAGAGAAGGCAUCGAGACUCAUCUCAUGUUGGAUACAUACAUUGUAGGUGCAUACAUGGUGGUGAAGAUCAUAAUUGAAAUGGUGAGAAUGAGACUAGCCGGAUCAAAAGAAGGUAUAGGUGGUUUGAUAGAAGAUCUUGAGGAGCCGUUAGAAGCGGUUGAGCUGCGGAUGAACAUUUUGUCAAAGCCAAGAGAUGCAAAAGCAAAAGGCAUUGAAGCCAUUGAGACAUUUAGGCAAUACAUCGAGGAAGGAAAACUCAAAGGGUGGGAAUUAGACUCAUGUGGAGAAUGUUGGGUGAGUGAAGGAUGCUUGGUUGAUUCAAAUGAUCAUCCAUCUGCUAUUGAUGCUCACAUGUACAGGGCAAAAGUGAGGGAUGAAGAGAGUGGGGAAGAGUAUGGGUGGGUGCACAUGAGGCAGAGUAUUCACAACCCCAACAUUGCUGUUAAUAUGCAAUCAAUGCUUCCUGGUGGAUGUGUCUCUAUGACAAGACUCUUCCGAGACCAGUUCCUGGAAGCUAGUGGGAUGGCUAGAUUUCUCGAUAUAAGUGACUUCGACAAUUACAUCGGAAGUCAAUUUUGAAGAAGACCCUUUAGUUAAAAUGCGAAAAAUGUAAUUAAACCAAAAUGUGAACUGCUACUUAUUGUAUCUCGAUUUAAGCGUGAAUAGUAUGUAUGUAGUAUGUACAUUUUAUGUAAAGAUCCCACCAAAGAAAAUGAAAACAGGCAACCAGGUAUGAGUUGCAUCAAAUAUAUAUUGACAA